GCCUUUCCCUUUUCUGUUCGAUCUUUUUCAAUUCAAACUUCAACAUCGCCUACCGAAAGUGAUUCUUUCCUCACUUACAGUUUUGAGCUAAAAUAGACUUUGAAAAAGACAAAAGACCAGAAGAUUCAAAAGGGAGCGAUCUAAUUUUUCAAAAUUACACAGCACUACAACAUAUAUUAUAAAACCUUAGAGCCAAAAUGGAACAAAUCGAGCAAGCUGUCAUGUAUGCCCUUGGGCCUCAAGUCGAUCCCACUUUGAAAGCACAAGCAAACGAAUACUGUGAACAAGUUAAAAACUCGGCGGACGGUUGGCAACUGUGUGUUCAAUUGUUCAUGAAAGAACCAAAAGCGCUACCUGAAGCUCGAUUUUUUGCUCUUCAAGUCUUGGAAAAUACCCUAAGAAAUAGAUUUGAUUCAUUAGAUAGUGCUGCAGUAGAAUAUAUCCAACAAACAAUGAUGGAGUAUCUUCGUAGAGAAUUCGUGGAUAACACCAAUGCAGGAUCUGAAGAGGCUUUCAUUCGAAAUAAAGCGGCCCAAUCUCUCACUAUCCUAUUUACACACGUAUACCCAAACAUAUGGUCCACCUUUUUCAAGGAUAUGAUCGCUAUCGCCAAAACGCCCUCGGGAACACCCAGCCAUGAAAAAGCCGCAGAUUUUUUCUUACGACUUUGUAUUAGUAUUGAUGAAGAAAUUGCACGAUUAGAUAUACCACGCUCUCGUGAAGAAGUAGUCCGUAAUACAAAUAUUAAAGAUACUAUGCGAAUGGAGGAUAUUCAGUUAUUAGCCUCAUUCUGGUUUGAGUUGUUACAAGAGUUUAGAUCAGCCAACCCAAGUAUUGCCCAGCUAGCACUUAAAAAUAUUGGCUCAUACAUCGCUUGGAUGGAUAUCUCGCUAGUUGCUAAUGAGCAAGUGAUGAAUGUCCUUUAUGAACUGUUAUCUGAUACAAACUUACGUAUUGCUGCUUGCGAAUGUUUUGCUGAUGUUGUUAGUAAAGGGAUGCUGCCAAUGGAUAAGUUGAACAUGUUUCAAAUGCUGCACAUCACAGAUACGCUAAAUGGACUUGAUUUGAAUGAACCCGAGUUUGUCGAAAAUGUUGCUCGUUUGGUCAACGCUCUAGGAACAGAACUUUGCAAGAUUUAUGCCGAUACUACAGUUCAACAGGAAGGAAAAGCUCAAGCCUGGAGCAUGAUUGAACAGGCAAUUCCUUACUUGUUGAAAUUUCUGGCAGACGAAUACGACGAUACUUCCUCUGCAGUAUUUCCAUUUGUAAACGACAUGUUGUACAUUCUUAAGAAGCAGAAAAAACAAAUGCAACCUUUCUCGCAAGGUCAGCAUGAAUUUUUGGGCUCUUUACUGAAUGUUAUCACUAUGAAAUUAAGAUAUGACGAUGAAACUGAGUGGAACGAUGAUGAGGAUGAACCAGAAGAAGAAGCAUUAUUCUUCGAGAUGAGAAAGAAUCUUAGAAUUUUCGCUGAGCACAUAGCAAAUAUCAACGAAGAAUUGUUUAUUGGUUACAUUCAUUCUUCUGUUAUGUCUACUUUUAACAAAUAUAAAGCCGGUAAUGAGUUAAACUGGCGUGAUGUAGAGCUCUGUCUAUAUAUACUUUAUUGUUACGGCGAAGCUCUUCCCAAAGCGGCAAUGAUUUUCGUUACACCUAAUGAUAUUUUAACACCCUUGGGAGAGAUGGUCUCUGAAAUGGUUACUUCAAAUAUCUCUGCCUUUCCUCAUCCAUCUUGUGCAAUGCAGUUUUUUGAAAAUCUCACCCGCUAUUAUCAAUUCUUCGACCAUCGUCCAGAUCAUUUAGUUCAAGCUCUAGCUGCUUUUGUUGACACUCGCGGUCUACACCAUCCUGUUAAGCAAAUCCGUACCCGUUGUUGGUAUCUUUUCCAAAGAUUUGUCAAGAAUUUGAAACCUAGGAUGGAACCUUACGUUGAGAAUGUUUUGUCCUCCCUUGGUGAUUUGUUGGUUAUACAAGCUGAACCUGUUGUGGAGACAAACAAUAUGGAUGGUAUGCCAAUUCCAGCAGCAUCUACUUUCGACAGUCAAUUGUAUCUGUUUGAAACUGUUGGCAUGCUUAUUUCAAUGGAAAGCAUUGAUCCUCUCAAACAGACUGAGUACCUCAAAAUUUUAUUAGAACCUUUGGUUGAAGGUAUUCAAAAGUCAAUGUCCCAACCAUAUAAUGCAGAAGACGAGCUAUUUCUUCUUCAACUGCAUCAUUACAUUAUGGCUAUUGGUAGUGUAGCUAAAGGUUUCCCUUCAUUAACAAAACCUGCAGAAGGAGUUCAACAACCUUGGACUGUUGUUUUCGUCCAAGCUACAGAAAUUAUUUUGAGCGUUUUGCAAAGCUACAGUGGUUUAUCUAUCAUUCGUGAUGCUGUACGCUACACAUUUGCUCGUUUGAUUACUUGUUUAGGCACCGAAAUUAUCGCUUACUUGCCUAAUCUCAUCAAUGGUUUAUUAAAUGAAUGUCAAGUCAAUGAACUGGUUGACUUCCUUCCAUUUAUUGGUUUGAUAGCUCACAAGUAUAAACCAAUGAUAGAACCAAUCAUUGAUGAACUUCUCCUACCACUUGUCAAACGUGUGUUCGAUUUCCUUAACACGGCACCCUCAGGCACCGAUGAGGCACUCUUAUUACUAGAUUUACGAAAAGCUUACCUCAACUUCAUAUUAAGCUUAUUCAACUCCAACCUAGAAAAUGUUUUCAUAAGUGAACGCAAUUUAGAACACUUGAACACUAUCCUACAAACCUUCUUACAUUUUGCCAAAGAUAAUUCUGAUCCUACUACUCAAAAGAUGUCCUUCGGUGUUUUCCUAAAAACGGUCAACUCUUGGGCUACACAUACGGCUGCUACUGCACCAGGUACCAACUCCCCCUCUGUAACAGGUUUCGACCAAUUUGUAUAUAAUGAGCUAUUACCUAUCACUUUUUCAGUACCCAUGAGUUCGGCAUUCAACCUUGCUGAUGGGCAAUCUAUCUUGGUUUUCGGUGAGAUGACCAGUAUUCAGAAAGCAAUGUAUUCGAAACAAGGUGCGGAUUAUCUCGAGUAUAUGAAGAACAUAUAUUUGCCAUCCAUUCAAUGUCCACCAGAAACCGCGGAAAGAUACUGUCAAGCUAUACAACAGACUGACAGUCGACAAUUCAAAAAGUAUUUCCAAUCAUUCAUCACAGAAGCGAAAAGUUAAAGUUAUUUAACUUUUGUUAUAACGCUGUCAUAUAUCUAUAAAAUCACUAUCCUGUUCUAAUUUUCUGUGUUUCCCUUUUUUCUUUUUCUUUUUUUUUUCUUAUGUUUCCUCUUCACCGUAAAAUAGUAUUGUUAAUG